AUGGAGUCACUUCUGAUGUUGGCUGAUGGAGGUACUUCUGUUGCUAUUGAUGGAGGUACUUCUGUUACUAUUGAUGGAGGCACUUCUGUUACUAUUGAUGGAGGCACUUCUGAUGCUAUUGAUGGAGGCACUUCUGUUACUAUUGAUGGAGUCACUUCUGUUGUUAUUGAUGGAGGUACUUCUGUUGCUAUUGAUGGAGGUACUUCUGUUGCUAUUGAUGGAGGUACUUCUGUUACUAUUGAUGGAGGCACUUCUGUUACUAUUGAUGGAGAUUAUUCUGUUGUUAUUGAUGGAGGUAUUUCUGUUGCUAUUGAUGGAGGUACUUCUGUUGCUAUUGAUAGAGGCACUUCUGUUGUUAUUGAUGGAGGUAUUUCUGUUGCUACUGAUGGAGGUACUUCUGUUACUAUUGAUGGAGGUACUUCUGUUGUUAUUGAUGGAGGUACUUCUGUUGUUAUUGAUGGAGGCACUUCUGUUGCUAUUGAUAGAGGCACUUCUGUUGUUAUUGAUGGAGGUAUUUCUGUUGCUACUGAUGGAGGUACUUCUGUUACUAUUGAUGGAGGCACUUCAGUUGCAAUUUGA